AUGGUCCAUCAAGUUGAAUCCGUCGAAGAAUUCAAAAAGUCCGUCCAAGCUGGAGGCGUUGUAGUCGUAGAUUUCUUCGCCACAUGGUGCGGUCCCUGCGUAAGAUUUGCCCCAAGGUUCGAUGCCCUUAGCCAAAGCUACCCAGGUGCUGUCUUCCUCAAGGUCGACGUCGACAAGGUUCCAGAAUUGCAAAACCAAUACGGUAUCACCGGAAUUCCAGCCUUCAAAGUCUUCAAGGAUGGAUCCGUCGUUGCAGAAUGCGUAGGCGCCAACGAAGAACUCCUAAAGGCAUCCAUAGAGAAGGCUCUUGCUCUCUAG